AUGAGACAAGGCAUUCUUUCAACCAUCCUAACUAUCUUCUGCCUCAUCACUCUUCUCCUAUCCUUUCAUCGUCCAACACAAACUCUCUUCAUCCAAGCUUACACUUGCGGUGGUUUUGCUUCUUCAGAUUUUUCACACGUUUGCAGCGGUCGAGGUUUUUGUUCCAAUUAUGAAACAUGUACCUGUCUCGAUUUGAGUGCCAGUAAUUCACUCACUUCGGGUACGAUUCUUUAUCCUGGCAACUCUCUCAUUUCCUCGAAUGGAAUUAAUCAAUUAAUCAUGCAACAAGAUGGUAACCUAGUCUUGUAUGAUACUUUAUAUGGUGUUGCUAAUUGGGCAAGUGGUACUUUUAAUCCAACGAAAGGUUUUUCGUAUCAAUUGAGACUUUAUAAUGAUGGCUCAUUGGCUGUUAUUGAUCCUUAUGAAUUGAUUGUUAAAACCGUUGCUGGGUCUUGCAAUGGAGGAGUUGGUCCUUUUCGAUUUGUGGUUGGAAAUGAUCGAGAUUUGGUGGUGUAUGAUUCAUUGAUGCAAGUGUGUUGGAAGACUGAUAUUAGAGACACUGCGAGGUCUGUAUUGGGUGUGAAAUAUAAAGGACGACUGUGUGAAAAUGCAAUUUGUUUUGGAAAGGAUAACUCGGAUACUCAUGUUUGUGGAGGAUUUGGAAGAUGUGUGGCACCUGACACUUGUCAGUGUCCACCUGGACAUACAGGCGCCACUUGUCAACAAUAUUCAUGCUUUGGGAUUUCUUCGACAAGCAGUCAGGUAUGCUCCAAUGGACAUGGAGUUUGUUCAGCCAACAAUCGAUGUACCUGUUUGAGUGGAUACACCGGAACCGAAUGUCAAACUUUUACUUGUUUUGGAAUUGCAGCUACCGACAGCUCCAUUUGUUCCGGUCAUGGAAAAUGCACAAACAAAGACACAUGCCAAUGCGAAAGUGGCUGGUCUGGCUCCAACUGCAACAAUGCCACAACCAAAUGUUUUGGAAUUCCUUUCAAUGAUCCAUCCGUAUGCAACGGAAGAGGAACUUGUAUUGCCAACGACGUUUGUGCAUGUCAGGGAUAUUCUGGAAUGGAAUGUCAAGUACCAACAUGUUUCUCUCGUAAUUCGACGGAUCCAUUCGUUUGUUCUGGACAUGGAAAUUGUGUUAAAGCCGAUACUUGUAUGUGUGAAAAAGGUUAUGGAGGUGCCAUGUGUCAAUAUGUGAAAUGUAACGACACCUUGUCAAGUGACAGCUCUCAGGUCUGUCAUGGACACGGUCAAUGUGUGCAAGUAGACACCUGUCAAUGUGAAUCAAGUUAUGGAGGACCUUACUGCUCUAUCCCUCAAUGCGGUUGGUCCAAAAACAAUCCCUCCAACAUGAAAUUCGGAGCUCCAACUCCUUUCAUUCACUCCCGUUGGGUACAAAUGCAUCCAUUACAACCAUCGAUCCUUCGAUUUGAAGUGAGCUUUGCAAAACAUCCAGAAACCAAUUUUAAACAUUAUUUAUUCAUUGGAGAGAGCAAUUUUCAAGCACAUUCACUUUUGAAUUGUAGUGUGAAUGGUCCAUAUCCAAUUACAUUGAAUCCAUAUCCUUACAGAUCCGACUUGUGUUGGAAAAAUUAUUCAUCGGUCGAAUUGUCAUUGAAUGAUUUUCUGAAAAACGAGCAUGUUCAAAAAGAGUUUAUUGGAAAUGAAGGAGAAUAUUUAAAAUUACAAAUGCCUUUGAAAAUGGUCUAUUUGGAUGAGAAUGGAUCGAGUAGUAAUUUUGGUUUGUGCUCUUCCUUUGAAUUUGAAACGAAUCAAGUACUGUAUGUGAAAAGAAUUGCUUGGGUAGAUUCUGGAUUUACAGAAAGUGAGGAAGGUCCAAGAAAUUUUAAAGCCACUCUCUAUCAACAACAAUUGACCACACGAAAUGGAGUACUCAAAGUUCAAAUGAUAUUACAAACCAUCGAUGCUACCAUGGUUAACUUUUCCUUCUAUAACACUUCAUCGUCUCUGUAUAAUUUCACAUUGACGAAUAUUUCCUUGUGGUAUCAAAAUGGUAAUGCCAAUUAUUAUUUAAUUCAAAUGAGUUCAGGUGUGGCAGUGCAAGAUUUUCGAGCGAAUAUUUUCUUGGUGGGAUCCUUUAAAAAGAAUCGAGUACUGGAUCAAGUUCAAGUCUAUUUUCCAGUCACGAUUGAUUAUAUCAUUGCCACUCCUCCCUCUUCGUAUAAUAUCACACUCCAAGUCCAGAUGGGUUUAGCAGAUAGUUCAUGGAGACCAAGAACGAAAUUUAUGGCUAAUGAGAGAGCUGUUGUAACUGUUUGGUCCCCUUCUGCCACGUUAUUAGUGAACGAUCAUCUCAUUGUGAAAAAAGCGUAUUUAUGUUGCUUUAAGGAAUUUACUCCAACUCUACAAGGUUCAAGCAAUGGAUGCACACAAUACAAUCCCAGCACGAUGGAUGUUUGGAAGGAAAUUAUUUCAGAUGGUGAAUCCAAUGUAUACAGUAGUGAGUUAGAGACGUCAUUGCAUCCAUAUCCUUAUACGAAUACCUUGUUUGGAUUUUCAUUUAAAUUAUUGUCAUCGAUAUUCCCUGAAAGAUAUUCGAACACAUCGAGUUCAUGUUUUGUGCAAAGCAAGGUUGGAGUCCGUCCAAUUGCGAAUAGUAGAAAGUUGUCAGAUGCAACAUCAGAAUUGGCAGAUGAUUCCGUGGAUACCUUUUCAUUGUUUGUGGUUGAUUUUUCAAAUAUGAUUAUUCCAAAAACUUUAUCUGCCAGCGUGUCAGUUUUUUCAUUUUAUGGUGUUGGAUUAUUGAUUUGUGUUGUUUCAGCGAUGGCAACAGUUUUGUGA